CAAUAAAUGUAUAAUUUUGUUACCGACGCUCGUUCUUUUACUGGCAAUGUAUAAUUAUGUUCACAAUAAAUGUAUAAUUUUGUUACCGACGCUCGUUCUUUUACUGGCAAAGCCAAAUGACAAUAAGUAAGAAAAAAAGAAAGGUUAGAAACGAUAUAUAUAAAUCAAAUAAUAAAAAGAAUAUCAAAUAUACAAAUAAAAAGCUGAUUCUUUGCAUCGUCAAACAAUUUAUUGAUGUAAUUAUUCGUACAUAAAAAAUGUCCAAGGAAGCCAAAAUAGCAUUAAAAGAAAUCCGAAGUUAUUUGGAUGAACACCAAUAUGUUGAGGCCAUGAAAAAAUGUCAAAAAUUAUUAAAAAUAGAUAAAAAAAAUUACAUGGCUCUUAUACUGCUUGGAGCAGCUAUGAAAGAUAUUGAUCAGUAUAAAUCGCAAGCACCUUUGGCUUAUAGAAAAGCCAUUGACUUACAGCCAGAUAAUCCAUUAGCUUGGCGAGGACUGGUCAAGUUUUAUGAAGGCCAACCUGGGAAUGUCGAAACUUGGCGUGAACUUGUCCCAGCUUAUUGUAAAUUAUUAAAACUCGAUAGUGACAUUCAAAAAAAUUUAAAUUACUUGGAUCAACUGUCACGUUUAUCAAUCAUUUUGAAUGAUAAUGAAAUCUUUGAUGAAGUUAUUGCUCUUGUAUUAGAAUUAAAAGAAGAUAAGGAUAAAAAUGAAUUGUACAAAAUAGAUGGACUAUUAAUAUCAAUGAUAAAUGGAUUUACAAAUGCGCUUCCAAAAUACCACGAAUUAUACAAAAAUGUAUUACUCUCAUCACUUGACAAGGAUAUAUCUUCAAAGCAUUUAGAAUAUUAUAAAAAUUAUUUAAAAUUAUUGUUUUCCGAAAAAAAUUAUUCUGGAUUAUUUUCUGCUGCAACCCAGAUGAAUCUAAAAUAUCCUCGUGAAAUGUAUCCAUUAGAAUGGAUCUGUCGUGUUUACGCUGAACAGAUUGUUUUAGAAGAUUAUAAAACUGUUCAAGACAUUGCGAUUGACUUAUACUAUCAGUCACUACUUGAUCUUAACGCUGAUUCUUAUUUGGCCAUUUUUGCAAAAGCAAUGCAUUAUUGGCUGAAAGAUAAUCUUAUUGAAUCCAGGGAUUUGCUUUAUCAAGCAAUAGCAUUACAUCCUAAAUUACUUUUUGCUUGGAUUGCGUUAAGUGAUGUCAAUUCAAAGUUACAUUGUUGGGCAGAAGCAGAAAAUGCAGCGGAAAAAUCAUUGCAACUAAUAAAUAAAAGUUCAAAAAUAAUGAUUGAAAAACUGAAUUUACAAUUGAUUGAAUCAUUAGCGAGGAGUGAAAGUAAGAAAAAAUGGGAACAAGCCGCAGAAAAAUGUAAAAAGUUACUUGAAAACAAUAAUUCAUUGAAAAAAUUAAAAUUACUUUAUGCUCGACUUCAAAUUCUUCAAGAUAUUCCUGAAGCAUUUACUCUUUUGAAAGAACUAGAAAAUGAUCCAGAAACUCAUCAAGAAGCACUAGUAAUUCGUGCAUUGUAUUUGAAAAAUCGAGAAUCAUAUGAAGAAGCUAUUGAUGUUUUGGGAGCAGUUUUGGAUACUUCCGAAGCUUGGUUAAUACUUGGUACAAUUUAUUGGAAGAUGUCCAAUUAUAGCCAUAGCUUAAUGGCCUUCUUAAAAGGUAUCCAUGCAGAUCCAAACGACUGGGAAUGUUUAGUCUAUCUUGGGCAUUAUUAUCGGGAACAUGGUAAUGAUCUUGAGAAGUCAAGAAAAUGUUAUCAAAAAGCGUUAAGAAUAAAUCCUAACUCCGAGGAAGCUGGCUCUGGUCUAAGUACAGCUUAUAGACUUUUGAAAAAUACCGAAGCAAACAUGCAAAUGCUUCAAAGAGUAACAACUGAGGAAGGAGGAGGUCCAAAAUGGGCAUGGCUACAAUUGGGUCUUCAGCAAUUAGAUCAAGGAAAAAUUGAACAAGCCAUCAAAUCACUGCGAUAUGUUAUUCGAGCGGAUCCCAAUGACAAUCACUGUUGGGAAUCACUUGCUGACGCUUAUUGGGCCCGUGGUGCACACACGUCGGCAUUGAAAUCUUAUCAACGUGCCCUAGACUUAUCGCCUGGUUCUCUUUAUCCAAUGAUACAACUUGCUAAUAUUAAAUUAGUUCUCGGUCGACAUGAUGAAGCUAAAGAAGCUUUUAUUCAAGUUCUAAGCCAAGAGCAACGUUAUAUACCAGCACUGAAAGGGUUAGCAGAAACUUGUUUAGGUCUUGCAAAAGAAAGUGCCAGUAAACAAUUACUUGGGCGUGCAAGAAGAAAUUGUCAACAGGCAAUAGAUUGUAUCACCGACGCUAUCAUUGAGAAUAGUAACUUAUCGUGCCUUUGGAAGCUCCUUGGCGAUGCUUCUUACAGGGUUGCAAUUUUACCGGAAAAAUAUUGUUACGUUGAAGUAACUCCAGGAUUAAUUAAAUCAAUGAGCGAGAAAUAUCGAAUUGAAAUCCACCAAAGUGAACUUUUUACUCUUGCAGCAAGAUCUUAUUGUCGAGCGUUGAGUAUUACCAAAGACUCCUCAUUACUGUGGCAUGAUUUAUCAUGUUGUUAUUUGUCACAACUUAUUCAUGAUAGUACGGUAAAUCGUAAAGUUACAGCCGAAAAAAGUCUCGAAGCCGCUAAACAAGCUGUUAGACUUUGCCCAACAACUUGGGUACACUGGAAUAUUCUUGGAGUUAUAUGCAUGAUGCCAGAAAUUAAAAAUUAUGCAUUAGCUCAACAUUCUUGGGUUAUAGCGAUUGAUCGUGAGCCAAAUAAUGGAGUUGCCUGGACAAAUUUAGGAACUUUGUAUUUACAUUUAGGUGAAACUUUUAAAGCAAAUAAAGCAUUUUCACGAGCCCAACGUGCGGAUCCCGAGUAUUCAAACAGUUGGAUUGGCCAAGGAAUAAUUGCUGAAUCUGUAGACAAUAAAGAAGCAAUGGAUCUAUUCCGUCACGCCAUACAACUUGGGUAUCAUCCUCAAGCUGCAGUCGGUUAUUCUCAUUGGGUAUUGAUGACUAUUUUAAAUCCUGAUGCUAAAAAGGAUGCUCUUUAUCAUUAUAUGAUUGUAAACAUGCACGCAAUACCAGUAGCUAUAGAUGCGAUGACUUGGUAUACCGAGCGAGAACCUGGUGUAAUUUACGGCCGAAAUGCUUUAGGAUUGCUAUUAGAACGGCAAAAAUUAUACAAGUUAGCAGCUCAUGAAUAUUCUGUUGCUUUAAAAUUAGGAAAAGAAGAUACUCAAGAAGAUCAUAUAAGAGUAAAUCUUGCACGAGUUUUAGUUCAAAUGGGAAAAUUUGACGAAGCUAUUGAAGUUUGUCAGCGUAUUAAAAUAGCUAGCUUUAAUUCUCACUGUCAAUUAGCCUUAGCUUUGUUCAAAGCUGCAAAAUAUGAGGAAUCAUAUGCGGCGUAUGAAGCAGCUUUGAAUUGGUUAGCAGAUGAUGGAUCUGACAAAGCACACGUGCUCUGUGCAAUGGCUUCAAUGGCGUAUAUGUUCCAAGAAGUUGAUGAUGUUAAAACACUUCUUUUCCAAUGCAUCGAAAUACAACCACCAACUGUUGCUGGUCUUUUAGCUGCUGCAGCACUUGGUCUUCUUCAUGAUGAUUUAAAUUUAACGAGUCUUGUUCUUAAAGAACUUGAAAUUUACAAAGAUGAUCCUAAAUACAGACAUCAUGUUGCUCGUCUUUCUGCUUACUCGUGUAUUAUGCAUCAUGAUAUUACAGGAGCUAUUCGUAUAAUCUCUAAAUCUAUUCACAGGCGUCCAGAUGAUGUUGGCUCGUGGAUUAGUCUUGUUAGACUUUUACUUGAAACAAAUUCAAGUGAUUUUGGUUACUGUGCACAAAAAGCGUUAUACCUUGGUCGUAAAAAUUCAACAGUUGCUGUCGCACAAGUUGCCUGUGUCUCAUCGCUUGGUCAAUUAAUUGAUGUAAACAAUGAUAAAGAACAAUGUGGAUUACGAUCUGUACAAAAAACCAUAUUUUCUUUUCCGGGUAUUGCUGAAAGUUGGGCGAAUUUAAUUGUGGCUACGUUACCUCGGUGUGAAAAAAGCGAUUCAAUUCCGAAUUUCAAAUGGUUAUUAUCAUUGGUAUCUAUUAUUCGAGAAAAAUGGAACUGCUCUAAACCAAUGAAUGAAUGGUUACAAACAAAUCAGGAAAAAAUUUUAGAAAUUUCAACAAAAUGUUGAAGUAAAUCUGAAUAAUAACGACAUAUUUAAAACUCAGUGAUAUAAAUUUUUUCAUACCAAUACUUUGUAAUUGAAAAAUUGUAUUAUUUUAAUAAGAAUAAACUACAUACACU